AUGGAUAGCGAUGAGUAUAAAAAAGAAGUUGAAGCAAAUGUAAAGGCAGAAAAACUUUUACAGUUGCAAAACCAAACCGUACAGUAUGAAAACUUAGCACAAGAAAGUAAAAAUAACGACGCAGCCAUGCAAAAGGCAAUGAAAAGCGCAGAAUAUAUAAAAGCUAAUAAUGACUGGUUAGACGCCCAAGCCAACGCUAAAGCAGCCCAACUUAUAGGGUCAAUAAGGACAAAAAUACAAGCGGAUGAAGACAGUUCAAAUGAAGCUUUAACGAAUGCUGACUUUAAGAACGCCUUCGAAGCUCUUCAUAGUAAGGUGAAACUAGUGAACGACUUCUCAUCUGGAAAGAAACUGAAGUCUGAAGGUUUCGACAAAGAGUUAAAAGAAGUAGCACAAAAUAUGACGAAAAUAACAGAUGCAGCAACGAGACAGGCAGUUCAAAGUGCCCAUGACGCCGUUAGAACAGCUGUUGUGGAAAGUCAAGAAAAAGAGUUACAACAGACCAAAAGAGACCUAGUAAAUGCUUUCUUAAGAACGAAAAGUCAGGUAGGACAUUAUGCUGCAGAUGGAACAUAUGUGCCAGCUGGUGGAACUUAUAUACCAGCUGGUGGAACUUAUAUACUAGCUAGUGGAACUUAUAUACCACCAAACCCUCCAAGAGAAGCACCUGCACCAGGACUACCUAAAACAUUUACAUCGUCACAUGGACACAGACACAGGCAUGCACCAAAACCAACACAACAACCAACAGUUCAAAAUCCAGCACCACAACAACAACAACAACCAGCACAACAACCACCUCCACAACCAGCACAGCAACCAACAGUUCAAAACCCUGCACAACAACCACCUCCACAACCAGCACAGCAACCAACAGUUCAAAACCCUGCACAACAACCACCUCCACAACCAGCACAACAACCACAAACAGAGCAAGGACAUAAAAGAAGUAGAGAACAAGGAAACCAAGAUUUCUUAAAAAUGCUUAAGGAAGAAUAUGGUUACCCAGAUACUCUUGACUUUAGUGACAGAUAUAAAGAAGCUAUUAGAAAGUUCAAGGAAGGAAAUACAGACCCGAACCUAUUUAGCUUUAUGGUUCAGCACCAAAUGGGAUAUAAUUUCAAACCUGGAAAAUACAAGCUCGCUAAGGGAUAUGAUUUAAUAGCAUAUCAUCCAAAUGACAUGAACGAAUUUACUCCGAGAUAUUUGGUGUCAGAGCUAAAUGACAAUUCAACUCUCUUCAUGAAACGCGUAAAAAAUAGAGACGGAACGAAAGAAGAAAGGUUUAUGAGUCCGGAUGACUUAGAUAG